CUACUGAGGAGCCUGCAAGGCCCGACAGCUCAGCUUCAGCCUAGCACUGCUCCAAGGGUUAAAGCAGGAGCUUCUCUGGGCCGGCAUAACAGGGACUGGGGGAUGCGGGGCGUGGCUCCGGGACGGGGGCGUGUCUUCGGCCUGAGAGGAAAAGGCGGGAGCGUCUAGGCCGCCGGACAACCUACCUCUGGCGGGGCUUUGUAGGAUAGCGGAAACGCCUCUAUUUUUCAAAACAAAGAGAAGCGGGAGGCGUGUGCUGCGCGCAGGGCUCACGUUGGUUCGUCUCACCCCGGCUCUUCGGCAUCGUAGGCUAACAAUGGAGGAAAGCCCGGGAAGCGGCCGGCACUUGGAGAGGAACCUUUGGAGGACUCCUCUGAAGCUCCCGCCCUUGACGAUCCGCUUGCAGGAGACGCUGGACCAGCUGUCCCCGCAGGAGCUGCGCGACUUCCGUACCCUCCUCAAGAAUGUGGACGCGGAGCCGCGCGUGAAGGAGCUGCGGUUGGAGCUGGAGGGCGGCAACGCGUCGGGGCUGGCCCAGCUCCUCGCCAAAUACUACGACUCGGAGGCCGCCAGGCGCGUCAUGGUUCAGGUGCUGCAACAGCUGCCCCGCGCCGACCUGCUGCAGCGCUGGCGGAGCGCCGCCCCUGCUGUCGCCGCGGCUGGCCAGGUGAUUCCAAGAAAGAUGGCAAAGAGAAGUUAUGACUGUAUGGAAGAUGAAUUGGACUGCUAUGACCUGAGUGGCAGUCGGAAGGCCUUCCUCAUGUGUGUGCAGAAGAACAGGCCAGGUGCUGAGCAAGAUAUCCAGUGGAUGGAGGAAUGGCUUGACCAGUGCCAUUUUGAACGUACAUUGUGCAUCGAUCCCAACAAGAUGGAGUUACUUGAAAAAAUAAGAUCAUUUCGUGAUGGACUAAAUGAAAUUAAAGAUGGCGUUGGCUGUUGCCUUGUUACUCUUAUGUCCCAUGGAGAAGAAGGCUUUAUUAAAAUGAACAAUGGUGAAAAAAUCAGCCUGGAAGGCAUCUUUGAAAUGUUUAACAAUAAAAACUGUCCAGCACUUCAAAAGAAACCAAAAAUCUUUAUAAUCCAGGCCUGCAGAGGAGAGAGAAGAGACAUUGGUGUGGAAACGGAUGAUGAACCCAUGGACUCAGAUGAUGUAUCUGAGAAGAGGCUGCCUACAUUCAGUGAUUAUUUCAUCAUCUACCCCACCCGGGCAGCUCAUGUUGCUUUACGGGACCCCCAUACCGGCUCUGUGAUGAUCAGAGCAAUGUCUAACGUCUUUCAAGAGUAUGGAAAUAAGUGGCACAUUGCUGACUUCUUCACCAAAGUGAAUAACAGGGUGGUGCACAGUGAAUUUAAUCUCCAAAAGGAACCAGUAAAAGUAACACUUGUAAUGGAAUCAACUUUAACCAAGUUUGUAUACUUUUGACAUCAGGAAGAUUGAAAAAAAACAAGGCCUGCCUUACAACAGACUUUGUAAAGAGCUGGGAGCAUUUGUAGCAUUGUACAAAUGGUUGUCAUUUUGCAUUAUUCUUGUCACUAGCUGUGUUUCUCAAAUUUGUUUUGUAAAUAUAUGUGUAUGUUAUUUUUCUACAAUUUAACUAUGCUUAUUUGAUACUUGUAAAUAAUUUGGCUUUUUUUUUUUUUUUUUAAGAUCGCUGUUUUCUGAAAAAACUUUCCUGAACUUUUAUCAAAACAUGCAAGUCCAGACAUUCCCACUGUGACUCACUGGGUUAAGAACCCAACUAGUAUCCAUGAGGAUGUGGGUUCCAUCCCUACCCUCGCUCAGUGGGUUAAGGA